AAUGCAAGUUGCAGGAUGGCCUUUUGGACUUCUCAUCUCCUUGGCCUCCUGUUUUUCUUUCUACUUAUUAUCAAUCAGAUUUCCUUCAUCACCACCACCAAUGUCCGCGUUGGCGUUAUCUUGAAACCGACUUUCCUACAUGUUCCAGUUUUUCGAGAGGCGCCUGCUUUUCGCAAUGGGAGGGAUUGUGGUUCAUCCGCCGCGGACCGUAUUCAUGUGGCCAUGACCCUUGAUGCUAAUUACUUGAGAGGUACAAUGGCUGCAGUAUUAUCCAUCCUACAACAUUCAACAUGCCCAGAAGAUGUCAUGUUUCACUUUUUAUGUGUAAGACAUGAACCUGUGGUAUUUUCUAGCAUUAAGUCCACUUUCCCUUACCUCAACUUCAAGCUCUACAAAUUUGAUGUCCACAGGGUCCGUGGCCUAAUUUCAAAGUCGAUUCGUCAAGCUUUAGAUCAACCGUUAAAUUAUGCAAGAAUUUAUUUGCCUGAUUUAAUUCCAAUAGACGUAAAACGCGUAAUUUAUCUUGAUUCUGACAUAGUCAUUGUUGAUGACAUUGUUAAAUUAUGGAGAGUUGAUCUUGGUGACAAAGUAUUAGCUGCUCCUGAAUAUUGUCAAGCAAAUUUCACAACUUAUUUCACAAACACAUUUUGGGAUGACUCUGAGUUACCUAAAACAUUUGAUGGUAGAAAACCAUGUUAUUUCAAUACAGGUGUUAUGAUUAUGGAUGUUGAUAAAUGGAGGUGUGGGAAUUACACACAAAAAGUUGAAGAUUGGAUGAUUGUACAAAAGCAAAAAAGGAUAUAUCACUUAGGUUCUUUACCACCUUUUUUGCUAACCCUAGCUGGGGAUAUUACCCCUGUUGAUCAUAGAUGGAAUCAACAUGGAUUGGGUGGUGAUAAUAUUGAAGGAAAAUGUAGGAGUUUGCAUCCUGGUCCUAUUAGUUUAUUACAUUGGAGUGGUAAGGGUAAACCAUGGUUAAGAUUGGAUUCAAGAAAACCAUGUACUGUUGAUCAUUUAUGGGCUCCUUACGAUCUCUAUCGUUCAUCGAGGCAUUCCUUCGAGGAAUAAUG